GGAGUAAAAUUUGACCAAAGCAAAAGAAAAAAAAAGCCAAGCAGGUAAACGCUUAAGGCGAUAACUGAUUGACGAAAGCAUUUUCUCCAUGAAGAACAAUUGAUGUCUCCAUGAAACUCAGCCUUUUCUAAGCUAAGCUUGGUCAAGCUGAAUUCAGAUCCAAGGAUAUUCUGGGUUCAGAAACUUCACGAUCUUCAAAUCAUCAAUUUUGAUCUUCUCCGCACUGUUUCCGGCGAGGAACACAUAACGCCUUUUUUCCUUGGAUUCUAAGAUGGACUUAAACAGCAAGGUGUUUACGGUUGAUCUGCUCGAACGUUAUGCUGCCAAGGGACAUGGAGUUGUCACAUGUAUGGCUGCUGGUAAUGAUGUUACCAUGUGGGGAACAAGUAAAGGGUGGAUCAUCAGGCAUGAUUUUGGUCUUGGAGACUCCUACGGUAUUGAUCUCUGUGGUGGUCGAAACGGAGAUCAGUCUAUUCACAGUGUUUUCGUAGACCCUGGUGGUAGCCACUGUAUUGCGACAAUUGUUGGUGAUGGAGGUGCUGAAACAUUCUACAUUCAUGCUAAAUGGAGCAAACCCCGUGUCUUGAGUAAAUUAAAAGGCCUUGCUGUCAAUGCUGUUGCUUGGAACCGACAACACAUUACGGAAGCUUCCACGAAAGAAAUCAUUCUUGGUACUGAUAAUGGCCAGCUUCAUGAGAUGGCUGUGGAUGAGAAGGAUAAAAGAGAGAAAUACAUAACGCUCCUUUAUGAACUCACAGAACUUCCUGAAGCUUUUAUGGGAUUGCAGAUGGAAACAGCUAGCAUUAGCACUGGUACUAGGUACUAUGUGAUGGCAGUAACUCCAAGGCGUCUUUAUUCCUUUACAGGGAUUGGGUCAUUGGAGAGCGUCUUCUUAGGUUACCAAGACCGAGCAGUGCGUUUCAUGGAGCUUCCAGGUGAAAAUCUUAAUAGUGAGCUACAUUUUUUCAUAAAGCAGAAAAGAGCAGUGCAUUUUGCUUGGCUCUCUGGAGCAGGAAUCUACCAUGGUGACCUAAACUUUGGAGCAAGCCAUAGUUCACAGGAUGGCGAUGAAAAUUUUGUGGAGAACAAGGCACUGCUGGGUUAUUCCAAGUUAUUUGACGGUGCUGAAGCAGUUAAACCUAGUUCUCUGGCAAUCUCAGAAUAUCACUUUUUGCUUCUUGUUGGAAAUAAAGUUAAGGUUGUUAAUCGAAUCAGUGAACAAAUUGUUGAGGAGCUUCACUUUGAUCUGACGUCAGAGUCAUCAUCAAAGGGCAUUCUAGGACUUUGUAGCGAUGCUUCUGCUGGUCUGUUUUAUGCAUAUGACCAGAACUCUAUCUUUCAGGUUUCUGUCAAUGAUGAAGGCCGGGAUAUGUGGAAAGUGUACCUGGACAUGAAGGUGUAUGCAGCAGCUUUGGCAAAUUGCCGUGAUGCUUUGCAGAGAGAUCAAGUCUAUUUAGCACAGGCUGAAGCUGCUUUCUCCACCAAGGACUUUCUCAGAGCUGCAUCUUUCUUUGCAAAGAUCAACUAUAUACUCUCGUUUGAAGAAAUCACUUUGAAGUUUAUUAGUGCAAAUGAACAGGAUGCUUUGAGGACGUUUUUGUUGUGGAAACUGGACAGUCUUUCAAAUGAUGAUAAAUGCCAAAUAAUGAUGAUUUCAACUUGGGCAACUGAAUUAUACUUGGAUAAGAUCAAUCGACUUCUAUUGGAAGAUGAUACUUCAGGUGAUCGUAAUUCUGAGCAUUGGUCACUUAUCAAAGAGUUUCGUGCUUUUCUAAGUGAUUCUAAGGAUGUGUUGGAUGAAGCAACCACAUUGAAGUUAUUGGAGAGCUAUGGUAGGGUUGAUGAAUUGGUGUUCUUUGCUAGUUUAAAGGGGCAGUAUGAAAUUGUUAUUCACCAUUAUAUUCAGCAAGGAGAGGCAAAGAAGGCCUUAGAAGUUCUUGAGAAGCCUGGUGUUCCCACUCAUUUGCAGUACAAAUUUGCUCCCGACCUCAUCAUGCUUGAUGCUUAUGAAACUGUUGAAUCAUGGAUGAUGAGAAAGGACCUUAAUCCAAGGAAGUUGAUUCCUGCAAUGAUGCGUUAUUCAAGUGAACCACAUGCAAAGAAUGAGACACAUCAAGUGAUCAGAUACUUGGAGCAUUGUGUUCAUAGUCUAAAUAAUGAGGAUCCUGGGAUUCAUAACCUGCUGCUUUCUUUAUAUGCUAAACAGGAGGACGAUAGUGCUCUUCUGCGCUUUUUGCAAUCCAAGUUUAGCAAAGUCAAGGAAAACAGCCCAGAAUUCUUCUAUGAUCCUAAAUAUGCUUUACGGCUUUGCCUUAAGGAGAAGAGGAUGCGUGCUUGUGUUCAUAUAUAUAGUAUGAUGUCUAUGCACGAAGAAGCUGUUGCUCUUGCGUUGCAGGUUGACCCAGAGCUUGCUAUGGCUGAAGCUGACAAGGUUGAAGAUGAUGAAGAAUUACGGAAGAAACUCUGGCUCAUGAUAGCGAAGCAUGUUGUUGGACAAGAAAAAGGGACUAAGAGGGAGAACAUACGGAAAGCAAUUGCUUUUCUUAAGGAAACAGAUGGCCUCCUGAAAAUUGAGGAUAUCUUACCUUUCUUUCCAGACUUUGCUUUAAUCGAUGAUUUUAGGGAGGCUAUUUGCUCGUCACUCGAGGAUUACAACAAACAAAUUGAACUGCUAAAAGAGGAGAUGAAUGAUGCAACACGUGGAGCAGAUAACAUUAGAAAUGAUAUCGGUGCCCUUGCUCAGAGAUAUGCAAUAAUUGAGCGUGAUGAGGAAUGUGGGGUUUGCAGGCGAAGAAUUUUAAAUACAGCUGCAGAUUUUGGUAUAUCUAGGGGAUGUGCAUCUCUUGGGCCUAUGGCUCCUUUCUAUAUUUUUCCAUGUGGUCAUACCUUUCAUUCACAAUGCUUGAUUGCUCACAUCACAAGGUGUACUGAGCCAUCAAAGGCUGAGCAUAUACUUGAUCUACAAAAGCAAAUGACUUUGGUGAGUGGUGAAUCAAGAAAAGAUUUGGAUGGCGGCCUCACUGUUCAGGAACCUGUUGCCAGCAUGAACGAAGUUGAUAAGAUCCGCUCCCAAUUGGAUGAAGAAAUUGCAAAUGAAUGCCCGUUUUGUGGUGAGUUGAUGAUACAUGAAAUAUCUUUGCCUUUCAUUCAUCCUGAAGAAGAACAAGAGGCCAAAUCUUGGGAGAUAAAACCUCUUCAUCCCAUUAACCAGAAGAGCAUUUCAUUCUCUGCGUAAUCACUGUAUAUGAUGUUUUUGUACGAGUGUUUUUGUAUGUGAAUGUAAGUCUUUUGUUCUUAAAAGUUAUCAAGUAAUUCUUGGUAUUGAGAUUUAUUUUCAUUUUCGAAAUGUUAUAUGGAAUUUUGUAUUCUAUGAGAGCAUAUAUUUGAAUAAUAUGCUUUUGUUAAGUCAAAUUUCAAGAGAGAGUUUUACUUA